AUGCGGGUAACGAUCGCAGAUCUAUGCGACCUCUCCUUCCAGGAGGGUGACUGUGCGCUCUUGCUUCGGGACUUUGCGAACAUCGACGGGGAAGGGAUCGGCGGAACUUUGCGGGGCCUACCUGCCGCAGCUCCUUCGCCGCAAGAGCUACGCUGGGAGGGGACCCACCACGUGUACAUGAUCGUGACA